CUCUAUUGGUGACGUCAUCGCCGCGCGACAUCGGCGGUCCAUCCCGUGUUGUUCUUCAGUGAUCCGACCGUGUCCAGAGUUAUCGCCGCACGUUUUUCUACUUUAAUUUUUUUUCGUUGUUUUAUUUCGUUUUGAUUGACGUGGGCUCAUUAUUUUGAAAACAUGGAGCCUGCGGAGGGCCACACCACCGACGAUAAAACGACGACGGCGGGCUCAGCGUUGUCGGCAGCGCAGAGGCGAGCGGAGAUCCGCAGGAGGAAGCUGCUCAUGAAUUCCGAGGAUAGGAUGAAGAGAAUUGUAGGCUACGCCAAGAACGAGGCUGACAAUAACGUAGGGUCACCCCGGCGUCCAUCAGAACCCCGCUUCCACCUGGACUUGGACCGGACAGAUGCAUGGUCAUCUUCCCAACCCUCCCCCAGACCCUCUCCCUUCCUGCCGGAGUCAGUCAACCUGUCCCGCGGAGCCACCCCAGAGACGAGGGACUCGCCACUGCCAGACGAUGCGGCGAUGAUGGCGGACGGCCAUCUCCGAGGGAUCCGGCAGAAGCCCAAGGCGGAGAAGGUGGCGGGGGAUGACCCCGGCGGCCUCCAGCAGUACCUCUCUCGCUUUGACGAUGCCAUGAAGCUGAGGGGCCAGUUGGUCAAUGAGAAGCCGGCGCGUGAGGGUGAGGCAGAAGGCGAGGAGUUUGACCCCUUCGCCGUCUUCAGGCUGGUCUGCAGCGUCCUCCUCGCCGUUUUUGUCCGAGUGUUUGUCUGCAAGUAUCUGUCGAUAUUUGCUCCAUUUCUGACGCUGGAACUGGCCUUUAUGGGCUUGUCCCAAUACUUUCCUAAGAUGGAGAAGAAGGCGCAGACCACGGUGCUGACCGCCGCCCUGCUGCUGUCGGGCAUCCCCGGCGAGGUCAUUAACCGCUUCAUGGACACGUACCGGCGUAUGGGCGACGUCUUCGCUGACCUCUGCGCCUACUUCUUCACAUUCAUCCUCUCCCAUCAAGUCCUGCUGCUGGUCGGCUCCGAGGUCAGCGAGCCGGGCGCGGGGGCAGAGGCCCCCGCUGCUGCGGCAGCGGCGGCGGCGCAGUGACCGAGCCCAACCGUCCCCCUGCGCGACUGUUGAGGCAGCAGGGCAUGUUUGUGUGUCUUUUUUUUUUUCUUCAUGGCACAAGUGAGAACUUUCCAACGCAACGUUUGUACCUUGACUUGCGAGCGCGCGAGCUGUUCAAAGUUUUGCAGUCACAAGCCGCCGCUUGGUCAAUUCUGCGAGCUUAAUUUUGCGUCAAGACGAGCGAGCUUCAGAAUACGCCGCCGCUUGAGUGAAGUGGAAAGAAAUGGAGUAGUUAAUGGUACUGUAAUACCCUUGCGUGUGGGCAAGGAGAGUCGCCGAGGCACUUUAUUGAACCGGACAAACACGUGCAAACUCGAUAGCCAAAUAGCAAAGUCGCCUGUGUCAUUUUAGCUUUGCAGCAUUUACUUUGGUAUUUUUGCGCAGUGUAAUUUUUUUUUUUAAUGCAAUAAACAGUUUUUUCUUUAUGAGAAAUCCAUAAUUAAAAAAUUGUGUUGUUUUGGGGAAUGGAGUAGCACCCACUGAUUCAUCUUUAGUGCGGUCAGUGCCUGUAUUUUAAUUUGUAUUUAUUUAGUUUUUUUUUUUUUUUUUGGUGGAAAACUAGAAUGUUUUCCCCCAUUUAUUUUUCAAGAUUUUUGGGGGCGGCCUGCAAACAAACAAAUUCUUCCCUCUUUCAUAGCAUUGAUCAACAAUUCACAUAAUGUCACAAAUUUGCGGGCCGGGUAGGUCCCAAACUUUUGUGAAUAGCAGGGGUCCGCUGUAAUGGCAUUUCUAUUGAUUUCAAUGGUAAAAAUCGAUAUGAAUAAAUUGAGUUAUGAGCGGGCUGCGGAGAGGAAUUCAACUCGUGAGUCAAGGUGCAAGCGUACUUUUUCGCUUUUGUGUCACACGCUUCCGCCUUACGUGUUUUCUAUCUAGUCGCCUAUGCCUCUCUUUUUGAUAUCUUGCUCAUUAACUUAUUACUGUGACGAUUUUUGACAGGUUAAACGCGUGCGUGUUUUAUCCGGAAACCACUCGGACUAAUUGAUCUCUAUACCUCCAUCCAUCCAUUUUCCGAUCCGCUUUGGCCUCACAAUGGUGGUGGUGGUGGUGGGGGGGCCUGGAGCCUAUUCCAGCCGUCUUUGGGCAGCAGGCGGGGGACACCCUGAUCUGGUUGGCAGCCAAUCGCAGGGCACACAGAGGCGUACAACCGUUCCACACUCACACCGCGGGUCCAAUUGAGAGUGUUCAAUCAGCCUGCCAUGCAUGUUUUUGGAUUGUGGGAGGAAACCGGAGCACCCGGAGAAAACCCACGCACGCCCGGGGAGAACAUGCAAACUCCACACAGGAAGGCCGGAGCGAACCCAUGACCUCUGCGCCUGCUGAAGUCGAUGCGCUAACCACGAGACCCACCGGGCCACCCAUCUGUAUACGUAUACAUGUGAAAUUAUUCAAUGUUGACAUGGUACAAGCAUUAAAACUGUCAAGCCAAA